AUGGGAAUUGUUCCAAAGGCUGACACACCAGCAGAUCUUGAAAAAUGGAUGAUAGCUUACUUAGAAACAAAGGAAGGGAAAUUUGUCAAAGCAGAAGCAAAAGAACAACAAGAACAUCCACAGACUGAGAAACAGAAAAAGUACAUUAUCCAGCCUCCGCGAUUCAGUGUGUUUACUGGUAAUGAUAAGAAGGGAUCAGAAACAACAUUUGACUUGUGGAUAUAUGAAGUGCAAUGUCUUAUUCGGGACAAAACUCACUCAGAUGAAGAUAUUGCCCAGGCAGUCCGACGUUCAUUAAGAGGAGAAGCAGGAAGGGUUAUUAUGAACUUAGGACCAGAUGCUAAUUUGAACAAAAUUUUAGCAAAGCUUACAAGUGUGUAUGGGGAUAUACAGGAACGAGAAACUAUCCUAGGAGAAUUUUAUGGAACUAAACAAGCUAAAGAUGAGGAUGUUUCUAGUUGGAGCUGUAGACUUGAGAAUAUUAUGCAGAAGGCAAUUAAAAUUGGUGCUGUUAAUUCCGCAAUGGCUGAUGAAAUGCUCCAUGAUAUGCUGUACAAGGGAUUAAAACCUGAGUUAAAAGCCAUUUGCCAUUACGAGAAGGAGAGAUUUAAAGGAUUUGAUGAAUUGCGAGUUGCAUUAAGGAAGCUGGAGAAAGAAAAUGAAAUUGAUGUGGGGAGUAGGACAGCUCACGUUAAGCAAGCUGUUGUGCAGGAAAAAGAUGAAGUUCAAGGAAUGCUGAAGCAGAUUACUCAUCGGCUCAAUAACUUAGAACUACAAAGCAGGGGUAGAAGCCAGUUCAGAGGUUCAGCAAACUACAGGACUAGAAACAGAGGCUGUUUUAGAGGAAGGAACUGGAGUUAUCCUCGGAGAUCAGAAGGUGAAUAUAGAUCACAACAACAAGAUCAGCGUGACCCAAGCAGCACAGCCAGUACAUUUAGUUCUCAACAAAAUCAACAAUUUGCGGAAGUUGUGUGUAGGAGAUGUGGAAGAGAGGGUCAUAUAGAGCGAGGUUGUAGAGCCCACAGAGAUAUUAGUGGAAAGCCACUAACUUUAAACUUCAGCAAGUCUAUGAGGAGAGGUCGUCCAUAG